UGUUUUUGUUGUUCCGCACCAAACAUCUUGCCCUCGUGUGUGUGCGUGUUUCGAAACGGCGUUAAAAUGUCGACGUUAUUGAAUUUGGACUGCUACCGGCACGAACUAUACGAGCAACAGCAGCAACAGCAGCAGCAGUUGUCUUCGCCACCGCAGUACACCAUUCUGUCGAUGGACAUUCCGCCGACGGCAGCAACAGCGGGUGCCGGAGAUCAGCAGCAGCAGCAGCAGCAGCAACAGCCUUUUACACUCAGCUCCGAGCGGCCGUACAACAGUGCCGCUUCGCCAUCGUCCUCGUUCGCAUCGCCCUCGUCACCGUCGUCGGUCAGCACCAACAGCAGCAUGUCCCCGCAGUCGAACGCCAGCGACACCAGUGCCUCGUACACGCUGCAGAACCUCAACCUCUCCAACAGUGGUGGACCGGCGUCGAUGCACUACCCUGGCGGAGCCGGCAUGAGUGGCUAUCAGGCGCAACAGCAGCAGCCACAUCAUCAGGUUCAGCAGCAACAACAUUUCUACGCACCACAGAUUUUGUGUCUCGAUCAGAACAACAUGCAGCAGCAGCAGUACGGAGCCUUCACGGGGUCAGCGAACGAUGCGUUCGGCUCACCGAAGCCCGACUACGGCAAGCCCCACCUGGUGAUCCUCGAGCAGCCGGUCGACAAGUUCCGCUUCCGCUACCAGUCGGAAAUGCACGGCACGCACGGUUCGCUGAUGGGCCAGCGGACGGAAAAGUCGAAGAAAACGUUCCCCACGGUCGAGCUGCGCGGGUACAGCGGGGAGGCGAAGGUGCGCUGCUCGCUCUACCAGGUGGAAACGGCCCGGCGUGCGCCCCACUCGCACCUGCUGGUGAUCAAGUCCGGCGAGGAGGAUAUGAUCGACCCGCACGAUGUGGACGUUGGACCGAACGUGGCGGGUGACAGUGGUGGUGGUGGUGGUGGUGGGUACGUUGCCACCUUCCAGGGUAUGGGCAUCAUUCACACGGCGAAGAAGUUUAUCGCGCCGGAGCUGUACAAGAAGCUGCGUAAGCAUCGCUUGACGCGGGACAAUCGCGAACCGACGGAGCGGGAGGAGAAGCAGAUGCAGGAUGACGCGGCUCAGAUGGCGCGCACGAUGAACCUCAACCAGGUGUGCUUGUGCUUCCAGGCGUUCGAGGUCGAUCCGGCCACCAGCCAGUGGAAGCCACUGACCGAGCCGGUCUACUCGAAUGCGAUCAAUAAUAUGAAGAGUGCCCUCACGGGGGAGCUGAAGAUUUGCCGGCUCAGCACCACGUUCAGCAGUGUCGAUGGUGGCGAGGAGGUUUUUAUGUUCGUGGAGAAGGUGUGCAAAAAUAAUAUACAAAUCCGAUUCUUCGAGCUGGACGAGUACGAAACGGAAGUGUGGACCGAUAAGGCCAUCUUCUCCGAGGCGGACGUGCAUCAUCAGUACGCGAUCGCGUUCAAAACUCCACCGUACCGGUACAAGGACAUCACCGAGCCGGUCGAGGUGUACAUGCAGCUGUACCGGCCGAAGGACCACUGUCUCAGCGAGCCGGUACCGUUUAAGUAUAAGCCUCGGGCGGGCAUGAUGCCGGUGCCGGGUGGCAGCGGAACGAACAGCUCCCGCAAGCGGCUACGCAUGAGCUCGGGGACGGUAUCGUCCGAAAUUCCUACUGUGCUUCCGAACGACCCGAACGCACAAACGGCGGCCGGUGGGGGAGGUUCAGAGGGUGGUGGCAAUGUGACAGCCCAGCCGCAGCUACCGUCGAUGCAUCGGUCCUUUCCGAUGCUCGUGAACCACACGCCGGACGCGAUCAGCGAAGCCCUGGAGACGGCUCCGAUGCACGGCAUGCUCGAGCCGACCGAUGGCACCGGGACGACCAUCAGCAAGGAACUCAGCAAGGCCAUCAUCCAGGAGAUACUGAACAUCCCGACCACGAUCGCGUCCGAUGUGGCGUUCGAUUCUAGCGACUUCCGCUGCAACACUGAAGAAUUCAACGAGCUCAUACGCGAGAUCGAGAACCAGCAGGAUCUGGUCAAGUUGGAAACGGACGCCAGUCCGGACGAUUCGGCCAGCGAUCCGGAGAGCAGUGCGCUCGUGAAGGCGCUGAACGAUUUCCUCCGCACCGGCGACGACACCCGGCACGGCGAGGCCCUCCGGAAGCUGAUGGUGCUGAUCAAGCUGUUCGCCGGGAACUACAAACGCUCCCGGCAGCUCCUUUCCUCCCACUGGACCGCCUCCAACCAGCAGCAGCUCAAGUUCGAAGCUGACCCGUGGAGGAGCCAUUACGGAGAGCACCGCUGUUGCUUGCAUGCGGCCAUCCGCCGGGACGAUACUACCAUUGCGCAGAUGCUGAUCGCACUGCUGGACGAGUACGGGCUGACAGACGAGCUGCUCGAUCUGCCGAACGAUCGCAACGAAACGGCCCUCCAUCUGGCGGUGACGGCAAACAAUGGGCCGGUGGUAGCGGCGCUGCUGGCCGCCGGAGCCGCCCUGAACUACUGCGACUACCGUGGCAAUACGGCCCUGCACCGGGCGGUGGUCGAGAACGUGCCGGAGAUGGUGCGCCUGUUGCUGAAGCACAUGCGAGCGAACGGUGCCCGGAUGGAUAGCACCAACGACGAUGGGUUGACGCCACUGCAGGCGGCCGUGUACGCGAAGAACCUGAAGAUUACGCGCAUCCUGAUCGAUGCCGGUGCACCGGUCUGCGAGCGGGACCUCAAGCAUGGCAAUAACGUCCUGCACAUUGCAGUCGAUAAUGACUCGCUUGAUAUUGUCCACUAUCUACUGGAAAAGGUAGGCCAUACAGCACUAGGUCAGGAGCGGAACAACGCCGGCUACACACCCCUUCAGUUAGCCAAUGCAAGGUGUCAUACGAGCAACGGAAGCAACAAACUGAUCGUCCGGGAACUUCUCCGGCACGAUCCGGAUGGGUUGGGGCACCACGAACGACAGCCAACCAUUCCAAGGAUGAUGAAUCCGCACGGUGAAGACGAGGAAGACGAGGAAGAUGAGGAGGAGGAGGAAGAGGAGGAGGAAGACGACGCAGAGGAGGAGGAGCAUGAUGCCGGGCAGAACCAACACCAAGGGGGGCAAGGUGAAGGGAAACCCUCGGUUGAACACCGCACUACCGUGCUCGAUUCGAUCGAUCUCAACUGCGACUGGGCGGACAUUGCGAGACUGCUGGAGGACCACAAGCCGGAAACGGUGCCAAAGGAAUCGGUGGCCCCGAAGGAACCACGGUCGGAGAGCACAAUGUUCGACGAGCGGUGUCUGGCGGAACUGUGUCGCUGUCUGAAUGUGGACGGUGCGUGGAAGGAACUCGGUUCGCUGCUUGAUUUUCACGCAUUCUUCGACGUUUGGGAGCUGUCAUCGAACCCGUCAAGGAUGCUGCUCGAUUACUACGAGAUGCAAACCCAUCCAAUGGAACGGCUGAUUGGGAUGCUGGGCGUACUGGAGCUGCGUGAUGCCAUGCGGUGCAUCGACGAGAUGAUCUGCCGGAAGAUGAAGUAGCGGAGAGCACCCGUUCACCGUGUGAGAAGGGUUGUGAAUAUUUACACAACUCCAAAGAAGUGAUUUUAUUUUUCUUAACGAUAGAGUAACAAACCUACCGAUACUUUAAUAAUAGUAUCUCAUAUCUCACCAGUAUAAAGUUGCUGACGGAGCCGGGACGUCCGUGUGGUCAUUUAAGCUGUGGAAUUUGGUUACAUUCCCUUACGUGUAAAGCACAGUUUUCGUUUUAGUAUUAGCGAGUGAGUGAUGCGGAGCGAAGAGCGAUCGUCUUUUUGACUUCCCCUUGGUACCUUGUAUAUUAUCUACAUUUUAAACGAUUUUAUUUUUGGAUUAAAUCUAUUUUCCCAAUCGGAA